AAAAAAAAAUUGCUUGGAUUCUGCAUUUUUUUAAUAUUUAUCACUUUUGGUUAUAUGCUAUUGAUAUUCGUAGUAAUUUUGUGCUUCAGAAUACAUAUUUUGAUUCAUUUUGUAUCUGCUUUUAAGUUUGAAUUUUGAAAUAGUAUUAUAUUAAAUAACCCAUUAUAAGAUUAUACUGGAUGUUGUCUAUAUAAACUGUCAUUAAUUGCAAUAAGUAUUUUUAUUAGAAAAAAGAAAUUAAUAUCACUAUUGUUGACAAAAUAUUUAAUAAUGCACGGUAGACUUAAAGUUCGAACUUCUGAGGAAGAGAAAUAUAGGAAAGAUAAGGAGAGACAAGAAAAAUUAAAAAUAUUUCAACAUGCCAUGCGGAAGAUUAUAAGCAAAAGAAAACAAGGAGAAAAAGAUGUUGAACAAUUAGAAUUAACUGGAAAAGUUUUGGCAAAUAAUCCGGAUAUUUAUACAUUAUGGAAUAUAAGAAGAGAAAUCAUCGAACAUUUAAGAAAACUUCAGUCAGAUGAAGAACUGAUAAAACUCUGUGAUUCAGAACUGAGCCUGACGGAAUAUUGUUUAAAGAUGAAUCCAAAAUCUUAUUGUGCUUGGCAUCAGCGAGAGUGGAUUCUAAAAACAAGAGCAGACCCAGAUUGGAAAAAAGAGCUAGAGUUGUGCAAUACAUACUUGAAAUUGGAUGAAAGAAAUUUUCACACUUGGGAUUACAGAAGGUUUGUUGUGUCUCACUAUAGGCCGCCUUUGCAAGAAGAGUUUAAAUACACAACUGAGAAACUACAUGAUAAUUUUUCGAAUUAUUCUGCAUGGCAUUAUAGAAGCAAAAUGCUAUUGGAGCUUUAUCCAGAUUUAGAUGGUGGACGACCCAUACAGGAUAGUCACCACAAACACGAAUUAAAGAUGGUAGUAAACGCAGUUUUUACAGACCCUGACGACACAAGUGCCUGGUUUUAUCAAAGAUGGUUGUUAGGUGCUGUUAAAUCAAUUACACACCUUGUUGUGUUCACUUUGACACCAGUUAGAACGACAAUUGCUUUCAAUUGCCAUGUAGAUAAACCCUAUUUAAAUGCUUGCAUACAGUUAUAUAUAAACAAUGAGUUAGUCAAAGGAGAAUUUGUAUCAACUGGGAAUUGUGAAUAUGAUGAUUUGUGGAUUUACAAACACGGUUAUCCAAUUGAUGACAAUUUACAUGCUAUAAGGAUAGACCACACUAUAAGCAAUACCGAGACUGAAACAUUAUAUUGUGAGAAAUAUAUGCCUUGUUUUUAUGUUGGAAAAAAUAAAAUAAAUUUUCAGCACAAUUACGCUGAGCCGGUCUUAAAAGAACUCAAAGAGCAGUUAAUUUCACUACGUCAGUUACAAGAGCUGGAACCUGAUAGUAAAUGGACGGUUCUCACAACGACAUUCUUUUUGUGGUGCAUCAAUAGCAGUGAACACCAUGAAGAGAUUCUCAAAAAUCUGACCACAUUGAAAAGAAUAGAUAGUCAGCGAGCUGGUUAUUACAGCGAUUUGAUUACGAAGUGGAGUAUGGAGAAGUUACUCCCAAAUUAUUUCGAACAGAAAUGCCUUGAUUAUAAACUUGAUUGCGACUAUAAGAUAACAAGUCUACCUCACUUACAGUAUUUUAGUUUCUGUGUGAAUGUGGAUUUGUCUAAUCAGGAUUUAACUUCUAACUGUCUACCAAGCCUUAUCAAACUACAACAUUGUAAGGUCCUCAAUUUAUCCAACAAUAAAUUAACGUCAAUAAUUGGAUUGCCAGAAUUGAACUUAGAAGAAUUAAUUAUUACAGGAAAUGUUCUGAAUAUUGAAGAGGUUGAAAUGUACCAAUUGGAACACUUCAGUAUUAUGAUUUUCUUUUAAUUACAUGAAAAUGCUUAUUAGAAAGAUUUUUGUACUUUUAUGCAUAUGUUUACCAAAUAUCUAAAACUAUUUAUUAUUACAUUAAAAGGUAUAUUAGUGCACAUAAGUUUUACUUUUGUAUAGUUGAUUUAUUACUUAUUCUAUGUAAAUAAAAUAUAGUAUUAUA